AUGCCGGGAUGUUUACGGGCCCAGCAGGAGCAGCGGGGGGCCGAGAGGAGGUGGGGGACGCUGCGGCUGCCCGAGCCGCCCGCCGGGAACCCCGCUAGGCGCCCGCGGCCAGCUCCGGCCCGGCCCCGGGCCUAAGGCGCUGGACAAGCCGGGGAGGAGAGAAAGCCGGUUAUUUGCAGCUCUGCUAAAUCAGGAAAAGCAAAGUUUAAAAGUAUUUUACGCUCAAGGCUAUCUAGGGGACAGUGUUGCAGUGCUGUAGAAAUGUCUGCAUUUGAAAUUUUAACUCCAGCUGUCUUGAGAGUGAUAAAAUGCAGUAGGAACCAGGCAUUAGUUCAUGAGCUAUGGAAAACUUAGGCAGGGGAAGUUUUUUUGUAGAGUAAAGAGGGGAAACUUGCAAGCAGUGCCUGACAGCUUCAAACACAUGGCAGACACUUAUGUGAUAGAAUGGAUGAACAAUCACAAGGCAUGCAGGGGCCCACAGCUCCACCAUUUCAGCCACAGAAGGCCUUGCGACCCGACAUGGGCUAUAACACCCUUGCCAAUUUUCGAAUAGAGAAAAAGAUUGGGCGUGGGCAGUUCAGUGAAGUUUACAGAGCAACGUGCCUCUUGGAUGGGGUACCAGUGGCACUGAAGAAGGUUCAGAUAUUUGAUUUAAUGGAUGCCAAGGCUCGUGCUGACUGCAUCAAAGAAAUAGAUCUUCUUAAGCAACUGAAUCAUCCCAAUGUAAUUAAAUAUUAUGCCUCAUUCAUUGAAGACAAUGAACUGAACAUAGUGUUGGAAUUAGCUGAUGCUGGAGAUCUCUCUAGAAUGAUAAAGCAUUUUAAGAAACAGAAGAGGUUGAUCCCUGAGAGAACAGUUUGGAAGUACUUUGUUCAGCUUUGCAGUGCCUUGGAACACAUGCACUCACGUCGGGUUAUGCAUAGGGAUAUAAAGCCAGCCAUUGUUCAUUACAGCUACAGGGGGUAGGUAAAGCUUGGAGACUUGGACUUUGGUCGAUUUUUCCAGCUCCAAAAACCACAGGCUGCACAUUCUUUAGUAAUUCUCUCUGAGGUUGGUACACCUUAUUAUAUGUCUCCAGAGAGAAUACAUGAAAAUGGUUACAACUUCAAAUCUGACAUCUGGUCUCUAGGCUGUCUGCUGUAUGAGAUGGCUGCACUGCAGAGUCCCUUCUAUGGUGAUAAAAUGAACUUGUACUCCCUGUGCAAGAAGAUAGAACAGUGUGACUACCCACCUCUACCUUCAGAUCACUAUUCAGAGGAACUGCGCCAGUUAGUUAAUAUGUGCAUCAACCCGGAUCCAGAGAAGCGACACGUAACCUACGUCUAUGAUGUAGCCCAGCGGCAUGCACGCACCAGACUGCCAGCAGCUAAGCAGACAUCAGGGCAUGGAGAAAACAGCAGAAAUAACCAAGUAUUCUAAAUGAAUCAUCACACCUCUGUUUGCGUGUUACCAAAAUGUCAAUUAUUUGAGGCUUACUGUUUGUGCUUUGAGUGUAAACCAACUUAUAUAUACAAGCUUUGUCCUUUUCCGUUUUUCUAUUUUUUUUCAUAUUUUUCUAACUCGGUUUUAAAACAGGUUUAAAAUAUGUAAAGCAUAUGAAGAUAAUGAGAAACCUGUUUUUUUCAUAUUAAGUGGGUUCAAGUAUAGUUCUUUAAUAACAAAAAUGGUAUUCAACUGGGCCUCAGUUCUAAAAUACAGUUGCACUUUUGCACAUGAUACAGAUAUUAGGGCUAUUAUCCAGAAGCAAAAUGUCUGAAUCUCUCACCUUUUUAGUAAUUUAAGGAGAGUAGGAAUCUGAACAGAGCAAUUUAAUUUUGUUCUAAGAGGACAUAAUAAUUAUAGAAGGUUAUUGUAUUUUAUAUUAGAUUGUAGCUUGCAGUUCUUGAGUUAAGAGUGGAAAGGUGAUUGGAUUAGUUCUCUGCUUGCCAAAUGAGACAGGAAAGUAGUUUUCAGGAAAAAUUACCCACACUGAAAUUUUUGUAACAUCCCCUUUUCUUUGUUAUUCUGUCAUAAUGGCAAAAUAAAACUUUUGCUGUAGGUUUUCUGGGAAAAAUUUAAGGUGUCGAUCCUGCAAUUUGAUCAUUUUUAAUAGACUUGUGUGGCAGUGCCCUGGGCAGUAGAAGUCUGCAUAGUUCAUUCUUAAAGCUGUGCAGAUGCUUCUUGUUAGCAAAUAGGGUUCUUUGAGCUAGCAUUUAUGAGAAGUCUGAUUAAAAAGAUGUGAUCUUUAGGUAACAACUUCCCAACUGUUUAUGAAUGUCACUGUUUGUAGAUGUUUGUUUAAAAAAAAUUAAUGACUUAUAGUAUCCCUUGUA